GAGUCCGAAAAUAUGAUGGCACAUGGCCUAGAAAUGUUUAUCCCGUCUCCGGUCUCGAACAGAACGGAAAAUGACUCCUAGUAAAAAUGGUAAAACAGGGCCUCUAACCUGCCGUAGGGUAGCGAGUUUUACUACACGGUAGCAACUCAUAUCCAUAAGAUCUCCUUCUGAUUCAAUUCCAACACUAUUUCAUCGUACUUUAAGAGUUACUUUUAUGAUCGGGUUAUGAAGUAGCAGUUGUUUAAAACGGUAAUUAAGAUAGUCUCCAUUUCUUCUAAAUGAGAUAGGGUGCGAUGCGUAACACCAAAGCAUGGCUUUUAGCCAAGUAAGCGUUUGGAUCUAACAGAUGUGCCUGUGUGUGACUUCUUCAACGCUGAUAACGAUCAGUUAAACAAACAUUCAUGCCAUGAAUAUUUGUGCACCGGCUACCUGUUACUGGCACGGCAAUGGUCAUGGUUAUGGAACAAAAUAGUAAACAUUUGUGACCUGCAUACCGCUACAGUAGCAUGUCUCCCACUCGGUUCUUCUUUUGUAUCUUGUAAUGUAUGUGACAUCUCCAGCACUGAUAAUGAUACGUUAAACAAACGGUCGUGACAUGAAUAUGAGUGCAUCGGCCUUAACUGCCACUGCACCAUAGCAAACUGCAGUGCAGCUCACUUGUCUGGGGUAAAGUACAGAAUGCUUCUUGUGCUGUAGUACUGAACACCAUAAUGGGGUGGGGGUAGGGGGUUCUAGUGCCUACUUGACAAUUUUGGUCCAAUUUGGAUACUUUUCAAAAGGAACAGGAGAUUAUAUGCGGCGAUCACGCAAACAGCCCAUGCAGCGAAAACUGCCCAUGCAUGAGGGAAGCCCAAGGUCUUUCGUAUGAUGUAAAUACAGUGUCAAAGAUGAACCUUGACUAAAAAGCCCCUUGAUGUUGACAUUUCCUAACAGGUGACUAGUAUGGCGACACCAGACAAGAUUCCCAUCCCACAGUCUGCUGAAGACAUCGCCCCCUCCUGGGUACAGCUGGUACUGCAGAAGGACCUCCCAGGCGUCACCGUCACGGACGUCGAUGUGAAGGGACUCAUCUGCGAGGGUGAUGGAAACCUGAGUGACAUCAUAGCUUUUGAUGCCGCGGGGACCAGGAACGGCACAAGUCAGCGCUACAGUCUCGUGGCCAAGCUGACAAAUCUUACCAAGCCGUUGGAGAACUUUGGCCUCGAAGAUUAUCCACAACAAAUUAGGCUGGAGACGGUGGAAGUUGAGUUUUACUCCAAUGUCGUUGCCGACCUACUUGCGAUGAACAGCACAGAUCGUGAAAUCCAAGCGAAGGGUGAAGCUGACGAGGAUUGCCCUCCUGACGAUUCUCUCUUUUUCCCAAAGUGCUAUUUUGCUGCCAAUGACCCGAUCUCCAAGGUGUCCGUCAGGGUUAUGGAGAACCUGAAAACUCGGGGGUUCUCCAUAAAACCCAACCGCCUACAGCUGAGUCGUGACGAGAUGAUGCUGACGGUCGGGGCCAUAGCGCAGCUCCACGGCCUGUCACAUCGGCUAGAGGUCCGCUCAGGUGUCCCUCUUUCCAAGAAGUACAACCAGAGCAUACUACGUGAAUCAGGGUACUUGUCAAUGGAUCAGGCCUACACCUUCGGCUACGUGUACGGUGUUCAGCUCCUCGCGGCUGCAUUCCCCGAGAAGACAGACCUCGUAGCUCGUCUGAAAAAGUUCGACGCCAAGUCUGUUCUCGCCAAUGCUGAGAAAAGUCCAAGGCUGAAGGUCCUUAACCAUGUGGACUGUUGGGUCAACAACAUCAUGAUAAAGUAUGAUGGUGACACUCCUACCGAAGUAAAGCUGGUUGAUUGGCAGCUGGUUCAGUACCUGCCGCCGACCUGUGACCUGGCCUGCCUGUUCCUCUGUUGCACGGGUUGGGACGUCUUCCACAACCACAGGGACGCCAUUCUGGCUCACUAUCAUCAACAACUGCAGCAGACUCUGGGUCCGAGCGAAUCCUCAGGCCUGAAGAGCUACCCCCUGGAGCAGUUGAAGGCAGACUUCCAAGCCGACUGUCUGUUCGGGCUGGUCUGCCGGAUGAUACGUCUGCUGGUCCUGCCUGCGGACCAGGACCUGCUGCAGGUGGUCCAGGAGAUCCAGGACUGGGGAGUAAUCUAGGCAUCCGGUCCACGAGACGGGGAUUGCGCUGCGACCUCGCUGCUAAUACAUGCAUAAGAGAAAAGGGUUUGGCAAAAAAUUUGACUUUGGAAUUGACAUUGGCAUUCUAUAAAACAUUAGUAUCCACUUUUGCAACUUUAAUAUGGCAUCUAUUUGCUUGAUUGCCUCCAUGAAAUGCCAUGGAGGUUAUAUUUUCACCAGCGUUUGUCUGUCUGUGAACAAGAUAACUUAAUAACGGCUGAGUGGAUUGGUUUCAUACUUGGUGUGUUGGUGAGGUGUGAUAAAAGCUGCAAGUGAUUAGAUUUUGGGCCCCCUAGCGGCUUUCCUUGGUACUGCAGUGCAACUUCCGGGUUUGCUAUCUCGUGUUAAUGAAAAUAUUUUCGUUUUGUGCGUGUUUUCAGAUAAUUGUGGUCAACAUAAUUUUAGAACCUCUGGAUGGAUUGUAAUGUAAAUUUUGGCCCUCUGGUAUGUGACCUUGGUGCUGCAGCAGAACUUGUAUCUGCUGACCUGGACAUGCUGUGUCCUUGAUAUUUUGGUGGCAGGCAGCUUAUGAAGUAAGGAUAUGUUGUGAUCUUCUACUUUGACUUAAGCAUUCUACGACAUCAGUUUUUUUCCCAGCAGUUUGUACAUUUUACAGUAUGGUCAAAAACUUUCUGUUUGGAAAGAGAGUCAACAGACUAAAAUUAAAGCGGGGGCAGAUGUCAUAUUUAUUUGAUUGAAUCAACAUGGCCUAAUGGAAAUACUGUUUCCUCUUGUAUCAAUUGGUGAGAAUUAAUUAACACCCUGGACGAAAAUGUAUGUUUUAAAUGAAGACAGAACAUAUAAGGGUACCAUCAAAAUCACACACUCUUUUAAUUCUUAAAAAGGCAAUUUCAAACAUCAACUUGUGGCAAUAAAACAAGUGUGUGCUUUAAAUCAGCUCCGGAUACAUACAUGUUAAAAGUUAUGCUGGAAAAUGACAGCUCCUUUGCCAGCCUAAGCUAAAGCAAUUUCUACAGGAUUAUCACGGCAGUUAUUCUCCACACAACUUCUCAUGGCUGAGAAUGCUCUUGAAUAUACUCUCCAAGCAGAGGUCGAAUCGCACAGAUAUAGUAGUAGUCGAAAAAAUUACACAGGUGCUCUUCCUAGAAAUUUGUGUAAUUUUUUCAACUACUACUAUAUCUGCGCGAUUCGACCUCUGCUUGGAGAGUACUUGGAUACUCUUGACAUGUUUGCUGACAGAUCUAAGAUUUUCAUCACAGCCAAAUUCCCCAAUGUUGCCUCACUAUGCUAUCAUCAAAUGCAUUGCACAUUCAUAUUUCCCAAAGGGGGUCCUACACUUCUUUCUCUACAUUAAGUUUUGAGUACUUUGCCAUUUUAUUUUCAGUUUCUUAACAUUAUAUUCUACAGAAAGCAUUGAUCAACAACUUUUACACACACAUCUGUAAGUAAACUGAACCUAUAUUUCCACGUCUUUGUACAGUCAUUACUGUUGUAUUUACAUUUAAAUCUUAUGUCACAGGUGAACAGUACUAGUAUGCCAACAUGACGCCGCAACCUCCCUAUGCUUUUACUGUAAAAUCUUCUUCAUGUUUCGCUUUUGAAUUUUCUCUAGAAACACGUGGACUAAUUCCUCUUACUUGCACAGUCAUGCACAUAGCACAAUCAUUUACAAUCUAUGAAAGCUGUUGUGCACAGAUUCAGGUAUGUACCCAGAAAUAACCCUAUAUGCAGGUAGUGAUGGGGAUGACACCAGUCAUUUAUCACUACAGGUUCUUCCUCACAUCACAGAACAGAGACAAUAAA